AUGAUAUUUCAAAGCUUGUCUAAACGGCAAAAACUCAUCUUAUCUAUUCUUGUAAUCGGUGCAGUAUGUGCAUUGGUAGUAUCAACAAUAUUUCUCGUACGCCAUCUCAAGUCCAGUACCAACCACGAAACAUGCAUCGACAAUAAUUGCACAAGCGUUAUAUCCGAGAAUGUUUAUCAAAGUUUCUGCGAUGAUUACAAAACGUUUGCCUGUCCUGACGUAAUCUCUUCGAGCAGUACCACUCAACGUUCUGUAGUUUCUGAUGAUAUCAUCUCAAGUUUAUUGAAAAAUACAAGCUAUCCAGAUGAUUCACACUUUAAGAAUACUGUGAAUUACUACACAUCUUGUAUAGACAGUCCCAAUGCAAGCAUCCAAGUGAUUGAAAACGAAGUAAUUAAAUUGAUAAUAUCUCUAUUCAACGGGUGGUACUUGACAACCGAUUUUGAAAAAAUUCCAUUCAUUGUCAAAAACAGUCUGCUGGAGGAUAAAAUAUUCAGUCUUACGGGUUUACUUUUACCUUUGUUGCUUCAAAGUGGAAGUACAUCUAUAUUUUCGCUAAAGCUAAUAAAGGAUGACAACCUACACAUUCACAUUUCUCCAGGUUCACUAGAAGCCUUUGAUGCUGUUACUUCUAGCGUGUCCGAUGGUGAGAACACAAGUGAGGGUGAACAACUUUUCAAAUAUAUGAAGAGAAUUGGACCUCAAAAGGAUAAGAAAAAAUUCAUACAAGAAGCUUUCGGCUUGCAUUCUGAAAUCAAAAGUGUAAUACAACCAUCUGGUUCUGAUUCAGUAGUCACAAUUGAGAAAUUAACGGAAAUCUGUCCCGUGAUUGAUUGGAACCUUUUAUUUGAGAGUGUAUUCAAUGAAAUUAAGUAUGAUUCAUACAAGAAUCUGAAAAUUAUUGUCUAUAAUGAAGAUUCGUUGAAGAGGAUUUGUGAUAAACACACGCAGUUUAUGAAUACAGAACAAGGAAGAAGAAAUUUACACUCGAUGACAGUGAUCAGUUUCUUGUUCAACAUGAGAAAUAUAUUGAAUCGGUAUUUCAAUGAGUUUUAUCCUGCUAAUGUUCAAAUGUCAGCGAAUAAGCCAACAAAUUGCAUUGAUGAAGUAAAAGAAAAUUUCCGAUGGACAAUAGAAAAGCAUCAUAAAUAUUCCAGUAUAAGUGAAAGUACAGAAAAUCAAGUUCGCGAAAUGUUCAAACAAUUGAAAACGACCUUCAUUAGUUCAUUGUCAUCAAAGUCAUGGUCGAGUGAAGAUGAAAAGCAGAAAUCCAUCAACUUGGCUAAUGAGUAUGAGUUGUCCAUAAUUACUUCAAAAAGUUUGUCGGCAGCAGAUAGAGAAAGACGAGAUUUCAUAUUCAAUAAUGAAAUUUCCGAAGAUGAUUACCUAAUGAAUGUGUACCAUUCUCAGAAAACCAAGUUCCUGAAAUCAAUUAAGAAACCACUGGAUACUGACAUGGAGCCUGACGCGUUCAGUUUUAUUCCAUACAUAUCUAGUUCGGUUGAAGAUAAACGUAUUAAAGUAUCUGCCGGUCUAUUAAACCCACCAUAUCUCGAAGAAGGAUAUUCAAUGUCUGAGAAAUAUGGGACUAUCGGCUGGUUUAUUGGUCGCCAGCUUAUGCAUGAAGUAAAUAAUAACAAGAAAACAGAUGCACCUGAGAAUUCUCAGUUUGCCUGUAAUUCACCAGACGCAACAGAUUUUGAUGCUCAACUAUGCUGCUUGCAGAAACAAGAAGACUUCAAAAGAUACAACGAAAAGGAUUUGAGAUCUUUGUCAGCUGAUAUUAAUGGUCUCAUGUUAUCCUUCAAAACAUACACGGGUCGUGGAGAUUUGCAAGGAAAGAACUCGUUUUACACAUCGUUUGCAAAAAUGAUGUGUACUAGCGACUCCACAGAUGUCAUUCAUACUAAAUUAAAGUCUGCCGACUCCGUCUAUAAAUUCAG